AUGUCUCUCAAAGUCAGCAACCACAGCAAAGGCCACCCCGCCCCAGACUCCAACAAACCCGUGGAAAUCGCCGUCAUAGGCGGUGGAAUCGCAGGUCUGAUCCUAGCAAUCGGCCUCCAGAAAUACUCCUACAUCAACGUCUCAGUCUACGAAUCCGCCCACAGAUUCGGUGAAGUCGGCGCAGGCGUCGUCCUUGGCCCAAACGCCCAACGAGCCAUGCAGCUCAUCGACCCGGAAAUUCUGGAAGGCUACAAUCGACGAGCCGGCUUCGAUGAUGGCGUACAGGACGAACAUGGACUCUUCCCGUGGACAACGGUGUACAAAGGGCAGGAGCCCGACCUUGAUGAGUUUGUGAUCCAGUUCAAGCACAAGACUCGUGGAUCGACGGUUCACCGAGCCCAUUUCGUGGAUGAGCUUGUUAAGUUGCUGGAGCAUGGAAGGGCGCAUCUCGGCAAGAGGCUGGAUCAUGUCUAUGAGACUGAUGCUCCGGAAGCUCCCAUCACUCUGCACUUCACGGAUGGAUCUACCGCAUCCGCGGAUAUCGUCGUCGGAGCAGACGGCGUCCACUCCGUCGUUCGAAAGCACGUCCUUCCGCACGAUCCUACGAAUUCAGCUUUCUUCACAGGAACCUGCCAGUACCGCGCCACGAUUCCCAUGGAAAAAGCCGAAGCCUCACUGGGCAAGCUCGACCAGAAAGUCGCCCAACUGGUCGGCGAGAAUGGAACGGUCUUCGGCAUUCCCUUGUCCAAUCGCACGAUCUACUACAUCGCCGUCACAGUCUUCGAUCAGAAAGCACCCUGGAACAAAGACAAGUGGGUGGCCGAUGCCAACAUCGACGACGUCAAGGGCUACUUCGCCGACUGGGACGAUCACGCCCGCAAGACCGUCGAGUUGCUUCCAACCGACGGUUCAACAAUGGCUUGGUCGGUAUGGGAGAUGCCGCCCGCAUCCACGUACUACAAAGGUCGAGUGGCCAUCAUCGGAGACGCCGCCCACGCCUCGACGGCCUUCCAAGGCGCCGGUGCAGGCCAAGGCGUGGAAGACGCCCUAAUCCUCGAGAAACUCCUAGGCAAAUACCUCGACCCCGCCCAGCGCUGCAAGUCCAUGCCGACAGCCAUCCAGGCCGCACCGCACAUCCUGCAUGUCUACGACACCGUGCGACGCUUCCGCAGUCAGAAAGUCGUCACUACGAGCCGUGAGACUGGUCGGAUCAUCACUUGUCUCGAGCCGGAGAUCGGGAAUACUGCGGAAGCUCUUCGAAAUGCGCUGAAGGGCCGACAGGAAUGGAUUUGGGAUUUCGAUCAGGAGAGGUCGGUGAAGGAUGCUUUUCAGCUGUUUGAUGAGAUUAAGGAUGCUGGGGAGAGGCAGCUCAUGUAA